AAGAGAAGUAUUAUUGCAUCCACUGUAAAGUGGCUGGUCAUUCACUAGAGAGAUGUAACAAGGGUUAGUGGAACUAAACCCAACAUGCACACACACUGGUAUGUAUGGACAUAGUUUAGAAGCAUGCUACAAGUUGCACAGUUGCCCUAAGGGAUACAAGAAUUGAGGGAAAGGGAGAGAAACAGUGGUAAACCAGAUCUCUGGAAUUGAAGAAAAUGAAACUGGUGAGGCUGGAAUCUGCAACAUGAUUACCCAAGAGCAGUAUACCCAAUUGUUGGCAUUGCUCCAGCAAAACAGCGCCAUGGUCAAUAUGGUGCAGGCUCGAGCCUCAAGCUGCACUGAGGCAAAUCUGCCUGGCUUUUCAGGUAAGUGUUUUUUCCUAAUAAUAUAUGUGUUGUUGAAUAAGAGGGAUUGGAGACGGUCCCCUAGAUAACUGACACUAGUGUUUCAGACCACAUAGUAUGCACACCUGAUUUAUACACAAAAGACACGGUAAGUGUCACCUAUACAGUAGGGUUACCGAGUGAUGAGAGAAUUAAAGUUGUUUGCACAAGAACUGUGAAAAUCUCAGAGGACUUGGUCCUCAACAAUGUGCCAGGUGUGCCAAGUUUCAAUUUCAAUCUGAUAUCGACCAAGAGACUAACCAAGGAUUCACAGUGUUGCUUGAUUUUCUCAUCUGAAAUUUGUGUGAUACAAGGUCUUUAAACAUGGAACGGGAUUGGAGUGGGUAAAUAAAAGCGUGGAUUGUACACUUCGCAGCAAAAGAGGGACAACUUUUGCAACAAGGUCUAAUAGGUGUUGCAACCCAAGAGGGUGGGUGGAUUAAGAACAGAUUUUCAAUUGUGGCAUCACCGACUAGGACACUCAAUGUUACCCAGAAUAGGUCUUUUUUUGAAAAUGCUCAAAUAUAUAAAACAUGAACUUUGUGAUGUAUGUCCCUUAGCUAAGUUGAAUAGAUUACCUUUCGGUAUUAGUGAAUAUAAAUCAGAACAUUAUUUUGAGCUGAUUCAUUGUGAUAUUUGAGGACUUGCAAUGAGGUCUCCUAUGAGAGAUAUAGAUAUAGAUAUUUUUUGUCUGUUGUUGAUGGUUACAGUAGGUGCACAUAGGUCUUUUUGCAAAAAAAGAAAACAAGUCAAAAGCAGGGCCAGGACUUUCAGAACUUUUAUGCAUGGGUGGAAACUCAGUUUGGAAGGAAGAUUAAAACAGUAAGGAGUGACAAUGGUAAGGAAUUUCUCAUGCAUGAUUUCUAUUUAAGAAAAGGAAUUGCGCACCAAACAAGCUGUGUUGAGACGCCUCAACAGAAUGGGAAAAUGGAAAGGAAACAUCAACAGAUCUUGAAUAUGGCUAGGACACUUAAAUUUCAAAGUAGUUUAGGAUUAAAGUAUUGGAGUGAUUUCAUACUAACAGCUGUGUAAAUUAUCAAUAGGGUUCCCUCCUCUGUGAUCCAUAGUAAAACACCAUAUGAGAAGGUAUAUAAGAAGAAGCCAUCUUACAGUCACAUGAGGAUAUUUGGUUGCCUUGCAUUUGCUUCUACCUCAACAAACAACCAGCACAAAUUUGAUCCAAGAGCAAAGAAAUGUGUUUUUUGGUUAUCCCCAUGGAACUAAGGGGUGCAAGCUGUUUGACAUGGAGAAUGGUAAGACACUUAUAUCUAGGAAUGUUAUAUUCUCUGAGUGGAUGAUGCCUUUCAAAAGAAAAAAAAUCUGAAGAGUUGACUGCAGGGGACCAGAAUCAGAUAACUGCAGAACUGGACAUGAAUAGGGAUAUCAGACCUAUUAAUGAGGUAAAUAGCAAAAUUCGAAGAGGCAAAAAUGCAGAAAGGGAAACAGAAGAAAUGUAAACAGAAUCAAACGGAGACAACGAUAAUACAGAAGAAAAUGAAAUGAAUGAAGAGGAAGAACCUACUGUGGAGGAGAUGGAAUAACCAUCACGGCUGAGAAGGUCAAGCAGGGAAAGGAGACAACCUAUAUGGAUGAAAGACUAUGUCUUGGAAAAGGCCAUGAAUGUGACUGGAAAUCAGAGAGUAAAAAAGGAAUCAAAACUAUAGAAGGUAAAGCUGUUCCUUUAUCUUUAUGCAUGAGUUACAAUAAACUAAAUACUAUAAAUAGAAAAUUUGUACUUAUAGUGGAUGCACAACAAGAGCCCAAGAGCUAUCAAGAAGCAUGCUGAGACAAUGAAUGGGUCAAUGCAAUGAAGAAUGGAACAGAAGCACUAGAGAGAAAUGAGACCUGGAUCAUCACAGACCUGCCAACCAACAAAAGGUGGUUGGGUGCAAGUGGGUGUACAAAAUCAAAUAUAAUGCAGAUGGAACAGUGGAAAGAUUAAAGGCCGGACUUGUUACGAAAGGAUACACACAAAAGGAGGCCCUAGACUAUCAUGAAAUGUUCUUUCCAGUGGCUAAAAUCACCACAGUAAGGUUAAUGCUUUCUUUGGCAGCAACAAAAGGGUGGCACCUGAGGCAGUUUGAUGUCAACAAUGCAUUUCUACAUGGGAAUUUGGAUGAGGAAGUGUACAUGGAGCUGCCACCCGGGUACCAAAUCACAGAAAAUUCAAAGUUCGACAGAAAGAAAGCUCUUGAACGGCUGCUAGGAUGUGAUUUCUUCGUUCAGAGUCAGAAGUCAACCACGCUGCCCAACCAGUUGCCAGUCGUGAUGUUCACACCUCUUCCUCUUCGAUUGAUAUUUGGACUUUUGGCACGGUGCGUCGUUGUCUGCAGCUCUUUCGGGUGUCCCUUGCUUUCUCUUCCAGCGUUUCCCUAUCAAUUAGGGUUUUUGGAGCUGAUGGGAGAGGAGUUUAAAUACUCUUGCCUACAAGAUUCUGAUCAUCCGAUCGGGUUGACAUGACACUUGAAGGGUCGUUCGAUCACAAACAUGCGGAUUGCUAAUAUGUGAUCCUGCUCAGACUCCCUACUAGCGUGGCCACCACACAGCGUGACCCGAUUGGCGAGCUGCCACAUGGAUUUUCCUACGUGGCCCACUUUUCUGAAAUUAAAAAAUGAUCUUUAGUCACUUAAAAUCUUUUUAAAUUGGUCUUUUUUAAUUCGAAAAAGGGGAUAACUUCGAAAUUUUUUUUCAAAGAAGUCAUAAUUUAAUAAUUUUAAUACAUUUGCAUUUCUUGGUGGAUUUUGUAAUUUUUGAUUUAAUUAAU